CUUCUGGCGCACAGGAGUUUAACUCCCGCCUCCACAUGAGUAACUUAUUGAGGUUUACUCACCACUCAACUCUGACAACACACUCUGGUUAAAGAAAAACGGCUGUGGUGAAUUGUUUUUGCGCUGCCGUUUACAACAAGCCGAGCAUUGCGGCUCCAGACUGCAGCGUCCCCGCCUCCAGCCUCCAGCCGGUGACAUUGACUCAUCAGUCGGUGAAUGUGUGGACGGGACCGGUAGGCUCCGGAGCUCUUCUCUUCCCCCGCAGUUGUUGCAGCGGCUUCAGCUACAAUGAGUGAAUACUUCAGCCUGUCGGAGUGCGAUGUUAUCGGCUUCGACUUGGACCACACGCUGUGCCGGUACCACCUGAAGGAGACUUCCAGGCUGAUCUAUGAGAGCUUUGCCAGGUAUCUGGUGGAGCAUAAAGGCUAUGACAAGGACCUGCUGACCCUGACCCCUGCUACCUGGGAUUUCUGUUUUAAAGGGCUAGUGGUGGAUCUGGAGGACGGAAACCUUGUGAAGCUGGCCGAAGAUGGAACCGUCUUGCGAGCAACACAUGGAACCAUUGACCUCAGCACAGAAGAGAUUAUCAAACAUUAUGGCCCUAAAAGGGAGUGGAAGCACUUCAACAGCCUCAAUACCUCCUUCACAAGAUCUGCAAAAUACUAUUUCUAUGACAACUACUUUGAUCUACCUGGGGCUUUUCUCUGUGGAAGAGUUGUGGACAUGUUGCAUAAGCGAGGAAAUGAGGUGAAUUCUGACUUUUGGAAAGACAUGGUUGCUGCCAUCGACCACAAUUAUAACACAUCAGCAUUCAAAGAUGAUACAGGGACCUACUUCCCCAGUGUGAAGAGGGACCCGGGCCGCUACCUGCAGCCCUGCUCCGAAUCUGUCAAGUCCUGGCUGCGCAGCAUGAAGAACGCAGGGAAGGUGCUCCUCCUCAUCACCAGCUCCCACAGCGACUACAGCAGGCUCAUCUGUGAACACAUCCUGGGGAAGGAUUUUGAGGAGCUGUUUGAUGUCACCAUCACGAACGCCCUGAAGCCAGGUUUUUUCUCCUUGGUGCCCCAGCAGAGGCCCUUCAGGACUCUUGUGAACGACGUGGAGGAGAGUGAGGGGCUGCCGUCACUGGACAAACCCGGCUGGUACUCCCAGGGCAACUGGCCUCACCUCCACGAGCUGCUCAAGACCAUGACAGGAAAACCAGAUCCCAAGGUGGUGUAUUUCGGAGAUAGCAUGAGGUCGGACAUGUUCCCCGCCAGCAGCUUCGGGAAGUGGGAGACGGUGAUGAUCGUGGAGGAAAUGGAGGGGGAGGGUGUCCCAAAGAGCGACGCGGCAAAGUCCAACGAGGCCCAAGUGGAGCCGCAGGAGAAAAGGGGAAAGUUUGAGGAGCAGGGCAUGAAGUCUCCCUCCGAUGUGUCCGAGCAGUGGGGUUCCUACUUCGUGGACAUGCACAAAGGCGGAGGAGGAGACGAGGAGAGCCAGAAGCUGACCUGGUGCAGCCACUGCAUUCACAAAUACAGCGUCAUGGCCAUCCCCAGUGUUGAGCACAUAGCAGAUCUCCCUCUGGAUUACAAGUUCCCAAGGUUUUCUCCUGACAAGCCCUGCACCACCGGCUACUACCCCAGGCCUCCAGAUUCUUUGCUGAAGAGGUGCGAGAAUCUGUCGUAAAAAAAAAAAAGAAAGGAAAAAAAAGAAAAGAGAAAAAAAAGUCCUCCCUUACCCCUCUGCCUCAGGAGAGGAAUGUGCCUCCAUUUUUGCCUGUAGUUUCCCACCUGACCCCCACCACCACCACCACCAUCUGUGGAGCACAGGAAGCAUACACUCCUCACCCAUUCAGAGAAACCAUGUGAAUGUAAGCCACAGUAUCUCUCUGUAAUAACGCCUACAUUUGAACGUCGUUUUGUGGUUUAGUGUACCGUACACAUGGAAAUAUGACAAAGAUAAGUGUGUGUGUGUGUGUGUUUCCGCAUACAGUAAUAAUAGGAAAUGUAGUGUUCUUAUUGUUUUACAUGUGAGGCCCCUCUAUUAUUUCUCAUGGUAGGUUGUUUAAACAUUUUCCAAAAUAAAGUGAACACUUUACCGUCUCUUUAACCCUGAUGUGAUUAUCUCAAGGAUGUGUUUAACUGUAGGCAGAACCCAGGUUGUCACAGGUGUGCUUGUCCUUUAAGAUCCUUUUGGAAUCAUUGUGUCAGUAUUUCCCUAUAAUACUGUUAUUGUGAAGUCUUUUUUUUUUUUAAGUAUAGUUUUCCUGUAUGCAUUUGAGUAACCUUAACAUGGGGUUCAAGGUAUAAAGUUUCCCCUGUGUCAGUUUUGUGGAAGAUGUCAAUCUUCAAGUUUGUUGUCGCCAAAGAUUUGGCACACUGCUGUCUUUUGUGUUGGCUGUUUUAAAAAAACACCAUUUUUGGGAAACAAUAAUAAUAAUAAUAAUAAUAAUAAUGGAUGAUGACGACUAUGCUAGAUGUUCUCUGUAUUAUUUUGGUGCAACAGUGACAUGUGCUCUUUGAGUGAUUGUGUAAAACGUGGACUACUUGUGCUUCAUUCAUAUGCAGUAACCAGAUGGAGAUAUGCUUUAACCGACGAUGAAUGGUUAUUUGGUCGGUGUGCAUAGACAAGUCGUGCCAUAAUAUUUAAGGAACGCUGAAGGUUUGGUGGGAACAUUUGGAGAAAUGUAUUCUUUGCUUUCACCGAAGGUUGAUAUCAGAUUAAUCUUUGUGUUCACUUUAAUCUCAAUAUAAAGUGGACAAAUACAAUUUACAAGAACUCCAAAACCUCUAUAGCUUCAGGAGUCACUCCGGUUUAUUAAACCAGCAGGGUUCUCUCUAUCAGCUAGCAUUGGGUUCAAGUUGACCACAUUUUGGUUUGGGUAUAGUUGUCCUUGGUUCUAUUUCGGACUGGUUCUGUCUUCAGGUCCCUUCUCAGUUAGUUCUCUUUGAUUAAAAGUUUAUUCUGGAAUGUUUUCCAGGUCUUUUUUUCCGGUUUGGGUCCAA